GUGAUAUUUGACCAUUGAUAACAGUCUUUCACGGUAACAGUAAAGAACGCCUGCUUGUAAAACGUUUUCAUUGUUCAAAGCAAGACUGGGUGAUAAAAACGAUGCUUUUUUUGCACAGGAAGUAAGAAUUAAUGGCAUUCAAGAUCGACAUUCACAAUCACAUCUUGCCAGAGACCUGGCCAGAUCUCAAAGAGAAGUAUGGCUAUGAAGGAUGGAUUCAAUUGCAAGGACACUGUAAUGGUAAAGCAAACAUGAUGAAAGAUGGAAAACUGUUUAGAGUGAUUGAUGAAAACUGCUGGUCUCCAGAAGCUCGUUUAAAGGAUAUGGACAAAACAGGAGUGAGUGUGCAGGCCCUAUCAACAGUUCCUGUCAUGUUCAGCUAUUGGGCUAAACCAAAAGACACUCUUGACUUGUGUCAAAUACUUAAUGAUGAUCUUGCCAAAACUGUAGCCAAACAUCCUAAGAGAUUUGUUGGACUUGGGACCUUACCAAUGCAGGCACCUGACUUAGCUGUAAAAGAACUUAGACGAUGUGUACAGGAACUUGGAUUUCCCGGAGUGCAGAUAGGUUCACACGUGAAUGACUGGAACCUUGAUGCUCCUGAGCUUCAGCCAGUUUUUGCUGAGACAGAAAAGCUUGGCGCUGCUAUAUUUGUUCAUCCCUGGGACAUGGAACUUACUGGAAGGAUGUCAAAAUACUGGCUUCCAUGGCUUGUUGGUAUGCCUGGAGAAACAGCCCUGGCCGUCUGUAGCAUGAUAUUCGGUGGUGUGUUGGAGAGAUAUCCCAAACUGAGGGUGUGUUUUGCGCACGGUGGUGGAGCGUUCCCUUACACCAUAGGAAGAAUUGAGCAUGGAUUUAACGUUAGACCAGAUCUUUGUGCUGUACAGAAUUCGGUUAAUCCAAGGGAUUAUAUAGGACGUAUCUUCACGGAUUCUUUGGUUCACGACGAGAAAGCACUUCACUAUUUGGUGAAUACCAUAGGCAAGGAUAACGUCGUACUUGGAAGUGAUUAUCCGUUCCCUCUCGGGGAGUCAUGUCCCGGCAAACUGAUAGAAGCUGUUUAUAGCCAUGACUCGGAACUAAAGGAGAAACUCCUUUCUGGCAACGCACUGCGGUUUCUUGGUCUCGACAGCAGCCGGUUUAGUGAUAUAAAACCAAAGGGGACGACUUAAAAGGCCCUAAACAUGGAGAUAAAGAAAGAACUGCGCAACGUUUUAGAUGAAGAGGAAAGACUAAAGUAAAAAAAAAAUUUUUUUUUAAUGGAUUUUACGCAGCAACAAAGUUGGCUCGAAAAAAUAUCUUACUCUUUUUGUUUAAACGAAGGCUUUUAUUCUAAUAAGGAUAAACUGGCUGCGCCUCAUGAAGGUCCAUGUAGUCCCGCGUAAACAUCGGUCAUCACAUACCAAAAGAUAGUUAUAUUUUAUAUCGUAAAUCUUAUUUACUCACCAUUUUAGAGCUGUUCACGUAGUAUAAAGUCGCUCAGCGAGAUUUUAAUUUUUGUAUGUGCCGUGUAUAGUAUUUUUAAGUACCAGCCCAAACAUGGAACCCAAGGAAAAAUAAUAGAAUACGUACAAUAUACUUUGUAACGUAAGUAAUUCGUACUUUUUACGGGUUCAUAUUGUUUGCUCUCAAGGAGAAGGAAAUACACCUAAUUGAAAAAACGUCGGGUUCAAAAAAAGGUUAUAUCAUCAAAACUAAGACCGAAGGGGAGCAUUGGAAGACAAACAAUUAUGCUAAUUUCAUGCGUAUUGCAGUUUUCCCUUCCU